AUGUCUCUGGAGGGGCUGAUGUGCUGCCGUGGGUCCCUCGACUGGCUGAGGGAGUUCAUCGGCUCCACCAUCCAGUCGGUGCGGGACUGCGACCCCCCUGCACUCAGCACCCUGGCCGUCCUGCUGGCCCUCUUUGUCUGGUACUGCUACCAUGUUGGGCGGGAGCAGCAGCCUCGGCCCUACGCCACGGUGCUCCCGGGGGGCCUGGAGGCGGCUGGCCUGCAGAAUGGCUUCAGCCACUGCCGCUCCCCUGAGUGCGUGCGCUGCGCCCACAGUGACGGGUUGAACCAGAAGCUCUACCACAACCUCCAGGAGUAUGCCAAGCGGUACUCGUGGGCGGGCAUGGGCCGGAUCCACAAGGGCAUCCGCGAGCAGGGCCGCUACCUGGCCAGCCGCCCGUCCAUCCAGCGGCCGGAGGUCUUCUUCCUGCCCGACUUGCCCACCACCCCGUACUUCUCCCGGGAGGCCCAGAAACACGACGUGGAGCUGCUGGAGCGCAACUUCCAGACCAUCCUGUGCGAGUUCGAAUCCCUCUACAAGGCCUUCUCUAACUGCAGCCUGCCAGAUGGAUGGAAAGUCAACAGCACGCCCAGCGGCGAGUGGCUGACCUUCUAUCUGGUCAACCAGGGUGCCUGCGUGCCCCGGAACUGUCGGAGGUGCCCUCGGACAUACCGCUUGCUGGGAAGCCUCCGCACCUGCGUGGGCAGCAACGUGUUUGGGAACGCCUGCAUCUCUGUGCUGAGCCCUGGCACCGUCAUCACUGAGCACUACGGGCCGACCAACAUCCGCGUGCGCUGCCACCUGGGUUUGAAGACGCCCAGCAGCUGUGAACUAGUGGUGGGAGGCGAGCCCCAGUGCUGGGCUGAGGGACGCUGCCUGAUUUUUGACGAUUCCUUCCUGCACACAGCCUACCAUGGAGGAUCCCCGGAGGAAGGAGCCCGGGCGGUGUUCAUGGUAGACCUCUGGCACCCCAACGUUGCUGCGGCUGAGCGCCAGGCCCUCGAUUUUAUUUUCGCUCCUGGGCGGUGAGGUGGUGCUCCUUUCCGGAG